AUGGAUGAUACCGAGAGUACUACAACUUCUGCUGAUGAAAAUACAGGCAAUUUGUGUGACAAUCCAACAAGAGACACUCUUGCUGAAGGACUUUUAGGACUUUUGAAGCCAACUGUAGAUCAACUGGAUGAUAGAGUACGAGCCACAAGAAUUGCUCAAUUAGAACUGAAACAGCAAAUUGAGUCACUUAAUGAGAAUUACUGUUGUUUUAAAUGUUUUACAAGCUUCACAGGACAGAUUAAAUGA